UUUGAGAUUUUGUUUUUGUUCUAUCCAUCUUUACAAUCCUCUGUCCCAGACUCGGUGUUACAGGUGUGACGAAAAUGUCAAUCACCGUCAUCAAAGACAAGCGAGUGCCUGUGGUCACUGUGGCGUCUGCGGCGUCUGCCGGACACAGCAGGAUUUCACCUCUGUGUCUAAUCCUGAGGAUACUGUGCAGUAACUGCUGCUCCUGCAACGGACAGAUGCAACCUGACGUCAGUGCAGCUCUGGGGACAAUUCAGAUCAUGGUGGGCUUGUUCAAUAUCGGACUCGGGAUGGGGAGAACCAGCACACGUCCUGGAGAUUUGGCUGGUUUGAGAGCUGCAUACUGGCUUGGUGCUGUGUACGCUGCAGCUGGAGCCGUGUCAGUGUUUUCCAGCCGCCGUCCUUCUCUUUACCUGGCCGGUGCUGCUGUGUUGGUGAACAUAGUUGGAAUCAUCUUCUCCAUCGUCGGCAUCGUGCUGUACGCCAUCGACCUGGGAGACGCCGCUGUCGUGUGGAUGUGCAGCAGGAAUCACCAGCAAAGUGACAGCUGCGGAUCCGUAGCUUACUUUGUUCAGCGUUUGUUGACAGGGACGGACGUUACUUUGAUUGUCCUGGCUGUUCUUCAGCUGUGUGUCUGCAUCAGCCUCGCUGUUCUGCACGCCAAGGCUUUGGUCAGUGAGGAGGACGAGGAACAGGGUGGCAGAGGCGUCGACAUUUACCAGCCAGUGUUGAAGGACGUUGUCAUGACCACAGCUGGUGUUUAAAAUCAACUCAUCACCCAAGCAUCAGGAUACACCACUGUGAUACUUUGACAAGGUCUCAAACUAAACGAUCAUGUGUGCCAUUCAAUAUCAAGUCAGAAUGAGUCGUUCCUGCACGUUCUUUUAUUUACAGAUUCAAACAAACACUUUUAUUUUGAAAUUCUGUGAAAUAUCAUCACAAAUAGUCAUGAUGUCGUUUCCAGCUGUUAUCACUCACCCCCACUGAGCAGUUGUUCUUCCUCCUGAUACUCAGUGGCCCCCAGGUCAUUUCAGGCCCCUGAUCAAAAGUGAACCUCACAAAGACACCAUUUCAUCUUAAUGUUCUUUUAAAUACUGAACUAUAUUAACAGACGUUUUCUUGGUUUUCUUGUUAGAAUGUAAGUGAUGUUUUAAAAUAAACUGGCUUGAAUACAAA